GAAAAGAAAAUCUAACACAGAUAAAUUAUCCAUUAAGCCAAACAAGAAACCUUGGUUUUGUCUAAAUUUGAUUUAAGACGACCUUAUUAACUUUGAUCUUUAAAAAAAAAAAAAAAAAACUCUCUGAAGCAGUCUCUCCUCUCCAGCGUAUAAUCACGACAUUACAGCCAUACAUAACCCCACAAUUCCAUUUUUCUCAUUUUCUAAAUAAUCCCUUCUUCCUCGCCAAAACACCAAUCUUGUAGAUCCUCUAAACCGACAAGAAAGUCCAACACCUUUCUUUUCUCCGGUUUAGAAUCUGCAUUUUAAAGCUUUUCUCUUUUUUUGCUUGUUCUUGAAGCUUUUUAGAUAAGAAUCAAAAGAAAAAGAUGAGUUUCAGGGAUGAAACAGAGGAUGCGAGGAAUGAUCUGCGGCGGCCUUUUAUCCACACGGGGAGUUGGUACAGGAUGGGCUCGAGACAAUCUAGUAUGAUGGGUUCCUCUCAGAUUAUUAAAGACAGCUCGAUCUCUGUUCUUGCUUGUGUCUUGAUCGUUGCUCUUGGUCCUAUUCAAUUCGGUUUCACUUGUGGUUAUUCUUCUCCAACUCAAGCUGCAAUCACCAAGGAUCUUGGUUUAACUGUAUCCGAGUACUCUGUGUUUGGUUCUCUGUCCAAUGUGGGUGCUAUGGUUGGUGCAAUUGCUAGUGGUCAGAUUGCAGAAUACAUUGGAAGAAAAGGGUCUCUGAUGAUUGCUGCAAUUCCAAAUAUCAUUGGAUGGCUCUGCAUAUCAUUUGCAAAAGAUACUUCUUUUCUUUACAUGGGAAGGCUUUUAGAAGGCUUUGGUGUUGGUAUCAUCUCUUACACGGUGCCUGUAUAUAUCGCUGAGAUUGCUCCACAAAACAUGAGAGGAGGAUUGGGUUCGGUUAACCAGCUUUCGGUAACAAUUGGAAUAAUGCUGGCUUACUUACUUGGCCUCUUUGUUCCAUGGAGAAUUCUAGCAGUUCUUGGGACAUUGCCUUGCAUAGUACUCAUACCAGGCCUCUUUUUCAUCCCUGAAUCCCCUCGCUGGCUGGCAAAAAUGGGUAUGACUGAUGAUUUUGAGACUUCGUUACAAGUCCUUAGGGGAUUUGAGACGGAUAUUACCGUUGAGGUUAAUGAGAUCAAGAGAUCUGUAGCAUCAUCUACAAAGAGAUCAUCUACAGUUCGGUUUGUAGAUCUCAAGCGCAGGAGAUACUACUUCCCUCUCAUGGUUGGUAUUGGGUUGCUUGUACUUCAACAACUCGGUGGAAUCAAUGGCGUCCUGUUUUAUUCUAGUACAAUCUUUGAAUCUGCAGGAGUUACCUCGAGUAACGCAGCAACAUUUGGAGUCGGUGCUAUUCAGGUAGUGGCCACUGCAAUCUCAACAUGGUUGGUGGACAAAGCAGGUCGUAGGCUUCUACUUACAAUCUCUUCUAUUGGGAUGACUAUUAGCCUUGUGAUUGUCGCAGCUGCUUUCUACCUUAAGGGAUUUGUGUCUCCUGAUUCAGACAUGUACAAUAUGUUGAGCAUCUUGUCAGUGGUUGGAGUAGUGGCAAUGGUUGUUACUUUCUCACUGGGAAUGGGACCGAUUCCAUGGCUCAUUAUGUCUGAGAUCCUUCCUGUGAACAUAAAGGGUUUAGCUGGGAGUAUAGCAACUUUAGCGAAUUGGUUCUUCUCAUGGUUGAUCACCAUGACUGCAAACCUGCUCUUAGCCUGGAGCAGUGGAGGAACUUUCACCCUGUACGGUGUGGUUUGUGCGUUCACGGUGGUGUUUGUGACUCUGUGGGUUCCUGAGACCAAAGGGAAAACGCUUGAAGAACUUCAAGCCUUGUUCAGAUGAGAAAAUUCUAAACAGUUUCAUUCUUUUGUAUUUAUCUCUCUACAUCUCUGUUUUGGCCAAAGAACAAGAAGAAACAAAGAUAUAUGGUGAGAAAUUGCUAAGAUUUGUUUGUUUGUUAUGUCAAUAAUCUUCUGUCACAAUGUUGUAUAUGACCACACUUUCAUGUGUCUUUUUUUUUUUUAAAUUUGAUUAAGUUAUUCCCAUA